GCAGGCGUGUCAUCGCGGGAUUUGCGACGAACCUGACUCUCUCCUUCAUCCAGCUGGCAGCCUCCCGUUGACGUUCUGUUGCAGCUGAGGAGCGGGCCGCUGGUCAUCAUGGGCAACAUCUUUGGAAACCUGUUGAAGAGCCUGAUUGGGAAAAAGGAGAUGCGGAUUCUCAUGGUGGGGUUGGACGCGGCGGGGAAAACCACCAUCCUGUACAAGCUGAAGCUGGGCGAGAUCGUCACCACCAUUCCCACAAUUGGUUUCAACGUUGAGACGGUGGAGUACAAGAACAUCAGCUUCACUGUUUGGGACGUGGGCGGCCAGGAUAAGAUUCGUCCCCUGUGGAGGCACUACUUCCAAAACACUCAGGGCUUGAUCUUUGUGGUGGACAGCAACGACCGCGAGCGCGUCAACGAAGCUCGAGAGGAACUCAUGAGGAUGCUGGCCGAGGACGAGCUGCGGGACGCCGUCCUUCUCGUCUUCGCCAACAAGCAGGACCUGCCCAAUGCUAUGAAUGCGGCGGAGAUCACCGACAAGCUGGGCCUGCACUCCCUUCGCCACCGCAACUGGUACAUUCAGGCCACCUGCGCCACCAGCGGCGACGGCCUUUACGAGGGCCUGGACUGGCUGGCCAAUCAGCUGAAGAACAAAAAGUGAAGGGCCAGCUCCAUCCAGGUCCGGACGCAUCGAGUUGACACGGAGAGGCGGUGCCGAGAAGUCCCUGACUCGGCGGCCUUUCCCCCCAAAACAAACAUCUCUGUUGUUCUUUGACUUGAUUAUUUAUUUGAUUGAUUGGUUUGUUUGGAUCUUCUGUGAGAGUUUUUUAUUAUUAUUAUUAUGUGUGUGAUUUCAAUGCGUUGCUUUCUCCACACUGGAUCCGUACAUCGGGAUGUACGACGGGAAUAUGUUUCGGAACUGCCACGUGUAUUUUCCCUCCUUUGGCGUCUGAUUUUGUCCAGGUCUACACUUGUGCUGCAGGUGGAGUAAUAAUAUGUUACCUAAUUGUACUUGAUGUAAAUGAUAUAUUAGUAUUGUGGGACUAGCAAGAUGUUGUCGUCAAAAGCUCAACAUUGUUUGCAACAGAGUCAAAGGCAUAUUUGACUUUAUUGAAAUACAUAUAUUUCCUUUUUUUUUCUCUUUUAGAUUACAUGCAUUUAUUUACCCCAAUAAUGCACUUAAUAAUUAUAUUUCAGCAGGAUUUAUUUAUUGUAAAGCAGAUUUGAAGUGUUCAAUACUGUAUAUCACUUCUUUGCGAGUGGAAGCAGUGAAAGAAGAAAAUGAAAAGAAUGCGAUUGUUUCCCAUGCUGCAUGUGAAGACAGACAAAUCGGGCUUGCGGGCGGCGCGACUGGCUGUCAACUGCUGUAAAUAAAUACCGACGCUCGCUCC